AUAACCUAUAAGUUUAAACAUUUUUAACAAAUAUUUAUUUUAUAAAUGUAGUCAAGUGACUGUAAUAUGUAUAAGGCAUUAUCUUUAACAGUCUCGAAUAGUUUUAAGACUAAAGUUAGACAUGUUAAAUAUUUUAACCGUAAAUUUCGCACCUCUUGUGCUACUAGAAGUGAACACCCGCAAGAUGAAGAGCUUACCAGAUACAAAUUUAGAAAUAAACUCUUAAAUGGCCCAAAUUUAAAAGACUUUUUUAAAGAUGAACACCUUAAGAAUCAAGAAGACUUGCCAGAGGAAGAAAUUGUGCCUUAUCUCCAAAAUGUUUACAAAUAUGGAGCUGGUCGAAAGGUUUUCUUUGAUGUCUAUGGUUGCCAGAUGAAUGUUAGUGAUACAGAAAUAGUUUGGUCUAUUUUGCAAAAGCAGAAUUAUGAACGAACAACGAAUUUAUCAGAUGCAGAUAUUAUCUUGAUUAUUACUUGUGCAAUACGUGAAAGUGCUGAGGAUAAAAUAUGGGGCAGAUUAGAUUAUUUAAGAGGAUUAAAAAAGAGUAGAAGAAAAGAGAGACCCCCACUAAAGAUAGGACUGUUAGGUUGCAUGGCAGAGAGGCUCAAGCAUAAAGUUUUAGAGGAAGACAAAUCUGUAGAUGUUGUUGCAGGACCUGACAGUUACAGAGACUUGCCCAGAUUAUUAGCUCUAACAGAAAAUAACCAGAAGUCUAUAAAUGUGAUGCUGAGUUUGGAUGAAACUUAUGCAGACAUAACUCCUUUGAGGCUCAAUGAAGAUUCAAUUUCAGCAUUUGUAUCAAUAAUGAGAGGAUGUGAUAACAUGUGCACAUAUUGCAUUGUGCCUUUUACAAGAGGCAGAGAAAGAUCUCGGCCAGUUUCAUCAAUUUUAAAGGAAAUAGAACAUUUAGCUCAAAACGGCGUAAAAGAAAUAACAUUGUUAGGACAAAAUGUUAAUAGUUACAGAGAUUUAACUGAGGAGAAAACCACUGACAAUAUUACUAGUUUAGCUAAAGGUUUUAACACAGUAUAUAAGUCGAAAAAAGGCGGAUUAAGGUUUGCAGAUUUGUUAGAGAAGGUUGCUAAUAUUGAUCCUGAAUUGAGAAUUAGAUUUACCUCUCCACAUCCAAAGGAUUUUCCUGAUGAAGUUUUACAUGUAAUUCAAUCAAGACCAAACAUCUGCAAAAGUCUUCACAUGCCUGCACAGUCAGGCAGCAGUGCAGUUUUAGAGCGAAUGCGACGUGGUUACACCAGGGAGGCUUACCUUGAAUUGGUCCAUCACAUAAGGAAAUUUUUACCUGAUGUUGCACUCAGCAGUGAUUUCAUUUGUGGAUUUUGUGGUGAAACUGAGGAAGAGUUUGAAGAUACUAUUAGUCUGAUGAAGGAAGUUGAGUAUAACACAGCAUUUUUAUUUGCCUAUAGUAUGAGGCAAAAAACAACAGCUCACAGAAGGUACAAAGAUGAUGUGCCUCCUGAAGUCAAACAAGCAAGAUUAUUGAGAAUGAUAGAACUGUUCAGAGCUCAAGCUUUAAAAUUAAACAACCAACAAAUUGGAAAGACACAUUUAGUUUUAGUGGAAAAAUACAGUAAAAGAUCUAAGCAUUUUUUCCAGGGUAGAAAUGAUCAGAAUAUUAGAGUGCUGUUGCCCUCAGAAGGGACUGUUCCAUAUAAAAAUGGCACUAGUGGCAGAGAAAUUCAAUCUGGGGAUUAUGUCGCUGUUUAUAUUAAUAGUGCUAGUUCACAAACUUUAAGAGGAAUUCCACUAUAUUUGACUUCAUUGCAGGAAUUUCACGAGACCCAGACUAAUUAUCUUCAACAAACCUAUUGUUAAUUCAAAUAAAAUAUAUUGUUUGUUAAUAUUA